AUGGCCGAAAAUUUUGUGUCCCAGUUCAAAGACCCGCAUACUCCCUUGUCUUCCACCACGGGCCUCAGCUCCAACGAGCACUUUGUUGACGCCCAGCAACACCAACUUUCACAGCAGCAGCAACACCCAACCGCCUCGUCGUUGUCGUCGUCGUCGCAGCCGCAGCCGCAGCCGCAGCAGCACCCUCAUUUUUACGGCCAGCAGUCGGCCGGCGUGAGGCUCCCGCCGCUGCAGACCUCGUCCGACGUCGCUCUCGGCGGCUCGCCCGUCUUUGAUGCUCGUCACCAGCACCCUGCGACGCCCAUCGACUUUGCCGACGCCGCUGCAGUCAGCCGCUCCCAGAGCCAACGCUUCGACCCGUCGGUCCACCACCUAACUCAGCAGCACCAGCAGCAGCACCCCCAGGUCUACGGCAUCGCCUCCGGCUCCAUUGACGACCUGCCGGGCACGGCGAGCUACCAGCCGUCGCCAAUUGCAACAAACGCUCCUGAGAAGCGGUCCACCCGCAAGCUGUUCAAGGGCAUCUUUGGCUCGGGCCGGAGCUCUCACGACCCCGCGCCUCAGCAGCAGCACGGCCACGCCCACCAGGUCUCCUACGACAACACCGCAGGGCUCGCACGAAGGCCGUCGAAGAGGGUGAGCAAUCCUCCCAUCAAGACUGGAAGCCUGCCGCCGGCCACGCAGCAGCAGCAGCCACCGUCUGGCUCUGAUCGCGACUGGUACCAGGGCCCGCCCAGCCAACAGCCCUCACCACUGCACGACCUGGGCGAGGUGGACGAGUACCCGUAUUCUGCGCAAGAGUCUAACGCCCACAUCCCUCCGCAGGACUCGAGACUUGUUUACCCGAGCACAACCAUCCGUCAAGUGUCGCGCGAGCAUCUCGACACGUCGCCCUACGACGAGGAGCUGUAUCAGGCGCCGGACCACCUGCCCCACCAGCUGCAACAGCACCAUCAGCAGCUCCAGCACCAGCCGCAGCCGCUGCAACGUCAGGGAACACUGCACGGUCAGGACCAACAGAUCCUUUACGAGCCCCAGCAGCAGCAAUCGCAGCAGCAACAACCACCACCACCACCACAGCAGCAGACCGCGACCUACGACCUUCAGCCACCGCCGAGCCACCAGCAACAACAGUUUCAUCACGGGGGCAAUUCGCCGCAGGCUCCUUAUCAGCCCGGCCAGGAGCCGCGUAUCGUAACCAGUCACUUUGGCUUGCAGCAAAAUCCCGAAACCAUCUCCCAGCUUUCGCACGAGUCACCGGUUACCGACCCUGACCAAAGAUCUGCCAAUCAGCAGCAGUCGGCGCAGAGCUCUCCCGCCGUGCACUACGCUUCUGCCCAAGAUUUAGACCCGUCCCUGUCGACCCCGAAAUUGCCUCCCAUCCAGGUGACCAACAACCAGGGUCAGACCCAGCAGCAAUCCGCAAUGGCUCCCCCCGGAGGAGCCUCGGCCCCGAGCCGACGCCUGGACAACGACAAGGCUCUGCGUGGACAAGUCGAACCGCCGCCCGGCCCGCCGCCCGGGUAUCGCCAAGGCGGCGUGCCCAUGAAUUCCAUGAGCCCUCUUCCGCCCCCACACGGCCAGGGUGGCCCCCAAAACCCCGCCUACCGAAGCGACAGGGCAUCGCAGUAUGAAGGGUCAGGUGUCGUCGAACAAGGCCGGAACAGCCCGCAGCCGUCAAACGCCGACCGCGAUGUUGACCCAGACAAGCAGUUCAAGGAUCUCCUCACCAAGUACAAGAAUGUCAAGCGACUCUACUUUGACGGCAAGUCGCAAAUAGAGCAGCUCACGAGCCAGGUGGAGACGCUUCAGAACGCCGUCGCGAAUCAACGCAUGUCGGCGUCACGUACUGCGUGGGACGACAACGAAUAUACAACUCGAUUCAACCGCCUCAAUGGCGCCAUCAACAACCUGGCGUUCAACAUCCGUAAGGACUGGCGCAGCCUGCCGCAAUGGCUCGAGGGCUACGUGAGCGCCGAUGCGCUUAAGACGGGCAAGCAGGAGAUGACUGCGGUCGGUCGGGCCAUUGUCUCGCGGUGGCUCGUGGAGGAGAUAUUCAACAAGUGCUUCCACCCGGCGCUCGACCCACAGCUCAGCUCCCAGCUCAAGGAGAUCGAGCUCAGUAUUCGCGGCAACGCCUACACCAUGCACAGCCAAGAAGAGUUCGACGCUCUCACGACCAAGGUGGUCAACUGGAGGAUGGCCACGUUGGAUGGGCUGCAGAAGAAGUUCAACUCGACGACGACGGACAAUAGAACGAUGUUUACCAGCAAAGCGACGUCAGACUUGACUACACACCUUUAUCAGCAUCUGACCAGUCCGCCACCUGCCGGGGUUGAAGGCAGUACGUCGAUGAUUGCGGAGCUGGCAGUGGCGAUCGCGUCGAAUCUACCGCUAGAGAGCCGCGACGUGGCCAUCAUGUACCCUCUACCCGGGGAGACGGUGCAACCGCACCUGAUGGAGGUUGAGAAAACGGGCCUGCCGGCUCUUGAGAACCAGAAGUCCGAGGUAGAUGCAGGCGGGGACGACGACGACGACGAGCCGGACAAGGACAAGGACAAGAAUGGCCGGGUGCGAGGUGACAAGGCCAAGGCCGGACUUCCCAACGACGCUGGCAAGGUGCGGCUCGCGGGGUUUGUUGCGUUGGAGGUCAGGGGGCGCCAGGUGCUGAUCAAGGCGCCGGUGUGGACGGUCUGA